AUGAAGUUUGGCCCCUGGUCUGAGAUCAAAGUAGCCCUCCUGGGCCAUGUGAGUGUUGGCAAAACUACAGUGCUGAAUGCCAUCUUGGGUGACAAGUUUGGAGAAGUCUCCAUGCGGCGAACCACUGCAGGGAUCAACUUCUUCCGCAUUGUCCCAUCCAAUGAGGCAACAAAAGAGUCUGAUCAGUGGUCUGUGGCUGGGCACAAUGAGGACGUUAAGGCUGCUGAAAAAGUACAUCAGGAGAUUUCAAAAUCUAAUAUGAAGCUUCGUGAAGCUCAGAUAAUUGAAGAGAAGUGGUUCAAUGUUGGCUGUGAUCCAUUGUGUGAGAUGCGCAAGAAAACAUCGCUUGUUGUUGUAGACAUCCCAGGGAUCAAUGAGGCUGAUACCAACAGCAUCUACAGGAACUAUGUUGAGGAGAACUGGAAGACCUUUGAUUGUGUGGUGGUUGUGAUGGAUGCUAGGCAAGGUGUCAAUACGGAGGAGCAGGUGGGCUUGCUUCGGCUUGUCAAGGAGAAUCUUACUAAACAGAAAAGCCUACCAGUGGUUUUUCUAUUAAACAAGGUGGACGAGCCGGAUGAUACAGAGCAGGCACUCCUUGUCAAAGAAUCCCAAGAAAAGAUAGCAUCCAUGUUUGCUGUUGGCUGUCGAGCGAAAGCACUGAAGCAGCUCCCAACACUGUCUGGCAAGAAGGGGGCAAAGCAUUCAGUACCUACAUCUGAUUUAUAUCCUGUGGUCAUCCCGGUAUCAGCUAUCAGGGCAUAUUUCUACAGGGCUGCAUCCAGCCUUCCGUUUGAAGAGUUCAGAAAGAAGUUUGACCAGGAUAUCAUUGAGAAGAUUGGCCGUGAAGAAAUGAAUAGGAACAAGUGGAGGAGGAUGUCUGUUGACAAGAAAUACAAGGCCCUGUAUGAUCUUGUUGUAGAAGGUUCAGAGGAGGACGAUGAAGGGAUACAAGGCACGGGGUUUGACACAUUCCUCUGUGCCCUAUCUGUUUCUGUGGGUGGCCAUGAGACUCAAACCAAGUUGCUGCACAGCCAAGUUGACAUUGCUCUCCAGUCCUUUCAAGAAGAGAAACAAUCCUUCUCUCAACUCAUGGCACUCCAUGAGACAAGCAAGGUCCUUGAUAAAGACAUGGGAGCUAUCAAGCAGGCUUUUUGGACCAACUAUACAUCCUGCAAAGAGGAGUCCCUUGAUGCUUUCAGGAAGGAAUGCGGACAAUGA